AUGUCUCACUCAGUAACGAUAACAAGGACUACAACAACUAGUACUACUUCAGCAAUCAUCCUUAAUACAGGUUACCUCAAAACAUGGCCGGGAAUACUGAAGCUGGCAGAACUUAUUCUGGGCAUAGUUGUAGUUGGUCUAGUAGGCUACUACUUCGAUAGAUACAUGUACUAUGCGAACACGCCCGAAGUAUUCUUCCUUUUGAUGGCGGUGACGUUCUUGAUAGGAACAUUUCUGCUCUUGACCUCGUGUCUGAUAUCAAUAUCAACAGCAUCCAUCAUCUCGAAAACUGUUCACGAAGUGGUUUAUCACGGUUUCGCCUUCAUUUUGUAUUUGGCAGCUAGCUUAACCUUUAUCAUUGAAGUUAACCACAGGAAACAACACUAUUCUAGAGAUUACGAACCUUACACUGCCGCUGCUAUAAUUGGACUGGUGAUUUCCUGCCUUUACCUACUGAGUACAAUAUUUGCGCAGAGGAGCUAUAAAGGGCUCUAA